CCGAGCUCCCGGCUCCGUCCCUCCAUAUCGAUGCCGCCUUCGCAGCCGCCGGGCCAGCAGCUACUUGGCGCGGCGGCCGCUCGGGCUCCGAGGAGCGGCCAGGCGGCCGGGCUCCGGAAGCCGUGGCUCUCAUAGGCAUCCAAACAGCCGUGACCAAAAUGCCCAGAGACUCAUCCACGGUGCGUCACUUCUAGACGCAUCCAUCCCACGGUGAUCCUCCCCCGCCUGCCUGACCCGCGGCUUCGGGACAGGUCCCCAGGCUUCACUGCUUCCUUUGAGCCCCAGCGAGGAGGGAGACGCGUGUCAUCAUGCCACCGGUGACGCCCCGUCCACGUCACGGACGGAGAGCAUAGAGCCCUGGGCAGCCCGCGUCGGCCAGCUCUCGUGUCGGCCGAGCCGGAGCCCCGCUGCCCCUGCCGAAGCAACCCGGUCUGGACGGACUGUGGGGUGAGCACCCCGCACCCUCGGGCGCGGGCACCAUGGAAGAGCCUGUGUUCGGCGUCCAGCAAAUCCAGCCCAACGUCAUCUCGGUGCGCCUCUUCAAGCGCAAAGUGGGGGGCCUGGGGUUCCUGGUGAAGGAGCGUGUCAGCAAGCCCCCCGUCAUCAUCUCGGAUCUGAUCCGCGGAGGGGCCGCGGAGCAGAGUGGCCUCGUCCAGGCCGGGGACAUCAUUCUGGCCGUCAACGGCCGCCCCUUGGUGGACCUCAGCUACGACAGCGCCCUGGAGGUGCUCCGGGGCGUCGCCUCCGAGACCCACGUGGUCCUCAUCCUGCGGGGGCCCGAGGGCUUCACCACUCACCUGGAGACCACCUUCACCGGGGAUGGCACCCCCAAGACCAUCCGGGUGACCCAGCCUCUGGGGCCCUCUGCCAAAACUGCCAACCUGGCUCCCCUGCCGUCGGGGAGCAGGGAGCAGGGGCUGGCAGCAGCCGGAGCUGGAGAGAAGGGCCCUCAGCACACCCAGGACAAUGGACAGGGAGUGGGUCAGCACACCCAGGCGAACGGCCUGGCCCUGGACAAGAAAGGCCCCAACACGGGCCUCCUCGGAGACCACGAGGAGGCCAGCGAACUGCUCAGAGAGAUUGAGCCAGUGUUGAACCUUCUCACCACAGGGGGGAAAGCGGCUAACAGAGGGGGACCCCCCAAGACGGAGACAAAGGAGACAGGAGUGCAGGUGGACAGAGAUCUGGACAGCAAGGCACACCGAGCUCUGCCCCUCGGUGGGGAGAAUGACCGAGUCUUCAACGACCUGUGGGGGAAGGGCAGCGUGCCGGUCGUCCUCAACAACCCGUAUUCAGAGAAGGAGCAGCCCCCUGCCUCCGGCAAGCAGUCCCCCACCAAGAACGGCAGCCCCUCCAAGGGCCCCCGCUUCCUGAAGGUGAAGAACUGGGAGACGGACGUGGUCCUCACAGAUACCCUCCACCUCAAAAGCACACUGGAAACGGGGUGCACAGAACACAUCUGCAUGGGUUCCAUCAUGCUGCCCUCGCAGCACACCCGAAAGCCAGAAGAUGUCCGCCCCAAGGACCAGCUCUUCCCCCUCGCCAAAGAGUUCAUUGAUCAGUAUUAUUCAUCAAUUAAAAGAUUUGGCUCCAAAGCUCACAUGGACAGGCUGGAGGAGGUGAGCAAAGAGAUCAAGAGCACCAGCACCUACCAGCUCAAGGACACGGAGCUCAUCUACGGGGCCAAGCAUGCCUGGAGGAACGCAGCCCGCUGUGUCGGCAGGAUCCAGUGGUCCAAGCUGCAGGUGUUUGAUGCCCGAGACUGCACCACAGCUCACGGGAUGUUCAACUACAUCUGCAACCACAUUAAGUAUGCCACCAACAAAGGCAACCUCAGGUCAGCCAUCACAAUAUUCCCCCAGAGGACGGAUGGCAAGCAUGACUUCCGAGUAUGGAACUCCCAGCUCAUCCGCUACGCAGGCUACAAGCAGCCUGAUGGCUCCACACUGGGGGACCCGGCCAACGUGCAGUUCACAGAGAUCUGCAUCCAGCAGGGCUGGAAGCCGCCGAGGGGCCGCUUCGACGUUCUGCCACUGCUGCUCCAGGCCGAUGGCAACGACCCAGAGCUCUUCCAGAUCCCCCCAGAGCUGGUGCUGGAGGUACCCAUCCGGCACCCCAAGUUUGACUGGUUCAAGGACCUGGGCCUCAAGUGGUAUGGCCUCCCGGCCGUGUCCAACAUGCUGCUGGAGAUUGGGGGCCUGGAGUUCAGCGCCUGCCCCUUCAGCGGCUGGUACAUGGGCACGGAGAUCGGCGUCCGGGACUACUGCGACAACUCUCGUUAUAACAUCCUGGAGGAAGUAGCCAAGAAGAUGAGCUUGGACAUGAGGAAGACGUCCUCCCUGUGGAAGGACCAGGCACUGGUGGAGAUCAACAUUGCCGUGCUGUACAGCUUCCAGAGCGACAAAGUGACCAUCGUGGACCACCACUCUGCCACGGAGUCCUUCAUCAAACACAUGGAGAACGAGUAUCGCUGUCGGGGUGGCUGCCCAGCCGACUGGGUGUGGAUCGUGCCCCCCAUGUCUGGCAGCAUCACCCCUGUCUUCCACCAGGAGAUGCUCAACUACCGGCUCACGCCAUCCUUCGAGUACCAGCCCGACCCGUGGAACACGCACGUCUGGAAAGGCACCAACGGGACUCCCACAAAGCGGCGUGCCAUUGGCUUCAAGAAGCUGGCUGAAGCCGUCAAGUUCUCGGCCAAGCUCAUGGGGCAGGCGAUGGCCAAGAGGGUAAAAGCGACCAUCCUGUAUGCCACCGAGACAGGAAAAUCACAGGCCUAUGCCAAGACCUUGUGUGAGAUCUUCAAACACGCUUUUGAUGCCAAGGUGAUGUCCAUGGAGGAGUACGACAUCGUGCACCUGGAGCAUGAAGCUCUGGUUCUGGUGGUGACCAGCACCUUCGGCAAUGGGGAUCCCCCUGAGAACGGGGAGAAAUUUGGCUGUGCAUUGAUGGAAAUGAGGCACCCCAACUCUGUGCAGGAGGAAAGGAAGUACCCGGAACCCUUGCGUUUCUUUCCCCGUAAAGGGCCUUCCCUCCCCUCGGGGGACUCUGCCGUGCACGGCCUGGCUGCAGUUCGUGACAGCCAGCACAGGAGCUACAAAGUCCGGUUCAACAGCGUGUCCUCCUAUGCCGAUUCCCACAAGUCCUCUGGGGAUGGGCCUGAUCUGAGAGACAACUUUGAGAGCACAGGCCCCCUGGCCAAUGUGAGGUUCUCAGUGUUUGGCCUCGGCUCCCGGGCAUAUCCUCACUUCUGUGCCUUUGGCCACGCUGUGGACACCCUCCUGGAGGAGCUGGGAGGCGAAAGGAUCCUGAAGAUGAGGGAGGGUGAUGAGCUAUGUGGGCAGGAAGAGGCUUUCAGGACCUGGGCCAAGAAAGUCUUCAAGGCUGCUUGUGACGUGUUCUGCGUGGGGGACGAUGUGAACAUCGAGAAGGCCAACAACUCCCUCAUCAGCAAUGACCGGAGCUGGAAGAGGAACAAGUUUCGCCUUACCUAUGUGGCUGAAGCGCCAGAACUCACCCAAGGUCUGUCCAGUGUCCACAAGAAACGCGUCUCUGCUGCACGACUCCUGAGCCGCCAAAACCUCCAGAGUUCGAAAUCCAGCCGCUCAACCAUCUUUGUGCGCCUCCACACCAACGGGAACCAGGAGCUGCAGUACCAGCCUGGGGACCACCUGGGCGUCUUCCCUGGCAACCAUGAGGACCUGGUGAAUGCGCUCAUCGAGCGGCUGGAGGACGCGCCCCCUGCCAACCAGAUGGUGAAGGUGGAGCUGCUAGAGGAGCGGAACACGGCCCUGGGUGUCAUCAGUAACUGGAAGGAUGAGCCUCGUCUCCCGCCCUGCACCGUCUUCCAGGCCUUCAAGUACUACCUGGACAUCACCACUCCACCCACACCCCUGCAGCUACAGCAGUUUGCCUCCCUGGCCACCAGUGAGAAAGAGAAGCAGCGUCUGCUGCUCCUUAGCAAGGGGCUGCAGGAGUAUGAGGAGUGGAAGUGGGGGAAGAACCCCACCAUGGUGGAGGUGCUGGAGGAGUUCCCAUCGGUGCAGAUGCCAGCCACUCUGCUGCUCACGCAGCUGUCCCUGCUCCAGCCACGCUACUACUCCAUCAGCUCCUCCCCCGACAUGUACCCCGACGAGGUGCACCUCACCGUGGCCAUCGUCAACUACCACACCCGAGUAGAUGGAGAAGGACCAAUUCACCACGGCGUGUGCUCCUCCUGGCUCAACCGGAUUCCUGCUGAUGAAGUGGUCCCUUGCUUUGUGAGAGGCGCCCCCAGCUUCCACCUGCCCCGGAACCCUCAGGUCCCCUGCAUCCUGGUGGGUCCGGGCACCGGCAUCGCCCCUUUCCGAAGCUUCUGGCAGCAACGACAGUUCGACAUCCAACACAAAGGACUGAGCCCCUGCCCCAUGGUCCUGGUCUUCGGGUGUCGCCAGUCCCAGAUCGAUCACAUCUACAGGGAGGAGACGCUGCAAGCCAAGAGCAAGGGCGUCUUCAGAGAGCUCUAUACCGCCUACUCCCGGGAGCCCGACAAACCAAAGAAGUAUGUGCAGGAUGUACUACAGGAACACCUGGCGGAACCCGUGUACCGAGCCCUGAAGGAGCAAGGGGGCCACAUUUACGUCUGUGGGGAUGUCACCAUGGCCGCCGACGUCCUCAAAGCCAUCCAACGCAUCAUGGCCCAGCAGGGGAAGCUCUCGGAGGAGGACGCUGGCGUGUUUAUCAGCCGGCUGAGGGAUGACAACCGGUAUCACGAGGACAUUUUUGGAGUCACCCUGCGAACGUAUGAAGUGACCAAUCGCCUUAGAUCUGAGUCCAUUGCCUUCAUUGAAGAGAGCAAAAAAGACACGGAUGAAGUUUUCAGCUCCUAACUGGAUCUCUCCGCCCAGAUGGCUGGUAGGGUGGCCAUCCCCAAGUGCUCCAGCCUAGGCGGCCACAGGUUCCUCAGCACAGACACACGUGGCUGAACCCUUGUCAUGGGACCCUGCCUCGAGGGCCCUGCUCUGCCUCUCAUCCUCCGCUGUGUCCUGGUCCUCCUCUGGUCCUCACCCAUCAGUGGUGUCGUCCACCCUCCUGGGUCUCCUUGUGUUUCCCGCUGCGAUGCAAUGCCUUUAUAUUCUGCAGUGGCUCUGACAAAAUCGUGUCCUCCCUGCCCUUCACUGCCAAAGGCAGAGCGCGGGUGCAUGAAUCCAUUGGGUUACGGCCGGCUGUCACUCCUGUUAAGGUCUGUCCUCCAGAGUACCUUGAGAACAAGGCUCCAGGCACUGAACCUCAGAAACCCCCUGAGCCAGUCCCUCAGCUGCUCAAGGCCCCUUGAUCCUUUUCUACAAUGCUGUUUUGCUCGUGUGUGUGUGUGUGUGUGUGUGUGUGUGCGUGUGUGAUAGGCCUGGGUCUCCCUCUGACAUCUCUGUGUGCAACUGUGUCAAUUGUAGAUCAAGUCCCCUGCUGAGGACCCACCAUCGCACAAACACACUCCUUCCUACACGGUGUUCAUUCAGCCUUCAUGACUAUAAUGGAGCUCCUUGAUUGUCCUGGUUUAAAAAAAAAAAAAAAAAAAAAAGGCCAGGCCAAGGGCUACGGAAGGAGAUAUGAGAACUAAAAGGGACAUUUCUCCAUGCAUUUAGCUUCCCACACCAGCCAGAAGAGCGCUCACUGGGAAAUGGACCUUGGGCAGUGGAUAGGCAAACUCCCUGUCCAGUCUCACAUCAAGGCAGCGGUCAGCUGCUGUGAGCACAUUCAGUGAGCCCCGCCCCCGCCAAUCUCCACCCCGUGCUCUGGAGCCCACAAGUCAUCCUGUCUGUGGAAGCCCUGUGCAAACACAACCUUUCCACCUUGCCGAGGAAGGGGGCAGGGGACACCCUCCAUUUCCUCCAAAUCACACUGUAAAGAAUAUGAAUGGCUUGAACUUUAAAGUUGGGACCCUGGAAGCAAUGGCCAGGAGAAAACAACCGUUACUUUUUUAUUCCUUCAAAUGGGGAUUGCUGCUUCACCCUUGGCCAUAACGUGGAAAGACGGUUGUAAGGAAUCAGGAGGGAGGGAGAGGCCAUCCUGAGGAACCAUACAAAUUCCAUAUGAGGACUUAGGGUGGGCUUAGCCCUUGGGCUUUGGGCUUUCUAAAACUGAUCUCCCAAAUUCUUAACCUGCUAAAAUAAUUCUGAUAAAUAACUUGCACUUUGAUCCAAAACAAAUAGGCACAGUAAAGUGGGAAGUAGGACUCAGCCUGCCGAGGUCCUCUUCUCCGAGUCAGUGGCACAGGAGGGUCCCUCUCCCACUGCAAUGCUAGAAGUCAGGGAGGGCCACGGAGCUGUUCAAAGGCAGCUGAGAAACCUCCGUGUGCCACAGCCUCAAGGGAUGGCCUUGUGGUCCCCAGUUCUGUCCUUCAGUUCUGUUGUUGUGUUUUGUUUUGUCAGAAGGAAGCCGCCUUUCCUUUUUUACAGUGCAUAGAUGCUGUCUGCAUAGCUUUGGAAGGACUUUGCAAUUUGGGUACAAAGGCCCCGAGGGCUCCUUUAAAGUCAAAAGGCAAAGCAUGUCUCAUUCUUCUACCCUCUCCCUAGUGGCCCCCACUGGUAUCACUGCUCUGGGAUAUGGGCUUCAUCCAAGGUAAGGUCGGUCGUACCUGCCUUCUUUUAAUCCCAAAUGUUCCUGCUCAGUCUUCGUGGAUCUAGACAAGGCACUUGGAAUCCCACAGUGACCCUCACUAGCCUGGAGGAAAGCCAGUAGCUGCCAUGAUCAACACAAACUGACCCCAAGUAGCUCCUCUCCUCCCCCAUGGGGGCUUUCUUUCCAAUCUUCUGGGAAUUUGAGCAAAGUUUCUAAGAUGUCACUCAUUCCCCAGGAUUAAACUCCAGUGUCAAAGGAUUGAUCCCAGCUUCCUGCAGAACUGGUUCUCCAUAGCCAGAUAAAGAUACCUUUUUCCACAUCAGACUCCUCUUUCCUGCAUAGGCCUACGCUUCCUGCCACAAGCCUCUCCCUCUUUUAGGAUUCCUGAUAACCAAACAGGGGGUUGUGUUGAGCAGCAUAUCAGAAGUUAAGAGAAUUGGGGUGAGCUUAGUUCUGGUCUAGGGUUCUAGUUAAGUGCUGCCCUCUGCUGGUUGUUUUUAGUUGGGUGCCAGAGCCCCCAAGAAGGUACAUCCCCAAGAUACCCUGUUAUAGAAACCUAAAAUUUUCCCAACUUCAAAAAAAGGAAAAUAAAUAAAUUCCCAAAUCAGAAACACUUCUGGUCACGUGCAUUUCAGCCACGAGACACUCAACCUGUAAUACUUGCAGGGAGGGGUCAAAAGUCAACAGGCCUCAGAGCAUUUAUGAGUUUGUUUUGUUCUGAUAAACUGGAGGAGUUGUGAAACAAUCAGGCAUCCUAUCCCAAACCAUCCAUUCCUAAAGCCAUGGUGGCCUUGCAGGCAGAAGCGAGUGUGCCUUAACACACCGCUUACCACCACCCCUUAGGCAAUGGCUGUUAACCUCUGGGUGUCCCUGUCCCAGGACUUCUCAACUGCAGCCUCUGGGGACUGGAUCAUUCUUUGGCUAUCUUAGGAAGUUGAGCCUCUCCCAGUAAAAACUCAGAGAGGUCUCCUGGUCGACAGGACAGUGGCCAUGGUUCCCUUUCAGGACUGGAGACCCCCCCACCCCCCGUGAUGUCAUUGCUCUUGAAUGCCUAAUGCCCUGCCCUGGGCAUUGGUUCUCCUUGAGCUAGGUGGGAGGAGGCCUGGAGGCCUGGCCCGAGGCCCUGCCCAUCGUCGUCGUGGUCUUGUGCUGUGAGGCCCCGUCUAGGCUCCGCAGUGGCUAUGGAGCAGGCCUGGCCGGUGGGGUGGGUGACCGCGCGGGACUGGUGGGCAGCACGGGAGUGGGGUGGGGGUGGGGGCUCCAGCUCACCACGCACGCGCUGUCGGCACCUCGGACGCCCCUCGCCAUGCGACCCCCCGGUGAUGCUCGCCUCUGCCCAGUGUCAGCGCUCCUGCCCCGCUCCGCGCACCGGCGCCCGCCCCCAGCCCCUCCGCGAGGUCGGCCAGGCUGUGCUCGCCGCAUGCUCUGUUGUGUACAGCUCUCCUCUCCUGAUUCCAUGGGAUUCAACAACAACAAAGCCUACGUAUGCCUGUUUGCAUUAUGGAUAGCGUAUUAAAAA